UUGUCCAGUAUUUAAAUUCAAGACGUUUAGUUACCGAGACGAAUAGAAGUUUAUUAUUGCCAAAACUUACUCUGCACAAUGGUUUAUAUUAAUCCGAUAAAUGUGCUUACUUUAUUAUCCAUAGCUUUUAAUUCUGUGGAUAAAAAAGUGACGCCUGUUAACAGUGCUGAGUUAGAGUUAAAAGACAUUUUAUAUGACAUAAUCGUGCAACGUAUGGAAGAUCCAACAUUCAACAUAGAACAAGAAACAUAUUUAGACAUUGAAGAAGAGUUUGCAAACGGUGAAGAUCCUGAUGUAAAUUUCCAGUGGCUGAAAGAAAUGGAAAUGGACCUAACGGAAACGGACUUUACUGAUGAAGAGGAACAAGAUCAACAAUUAGAAAAAUGUACGCUCUCCGAAGCACCAACCAGUUAUGAAUACAGAAAAAAUGCUGUGGAAUACUGGAAGAGUGGUAAAAUUGGAAUCAGAUAUUUGCAGACAUUUCUGCUCUUCUUGGGGAUGGCCUUUGGAUACUGUCUUCGAGUGAGCAUAUCGGAAGCUAUCGUUCCAAUGUCGGAGGUCUAUAACUGGGAUCAAACAAAGACGUCUCUAAUUAAAAGUUCCUUCUUUUGGGGUUAUACGGUAAUACAAAUACCGAGUGGAUAUAUAGCAUCAGUUUGGAGUGGUCAGAAACUGCUUAGCAUUGGAAUCCUAGUUUGUGGCAUUUUAAACGGUUUAAUACCUACUGCUGCUGCUUAUGGGGAUUACGUUGCAGUCUGCGCUUGUAGAGUAGGUAUGGGUCUUUGUCAAGGUUGCCUUUUACCUUGCACUCAUACCCUCCUUUCAAAGUGGGCACCGCCAUCUGAACGAUCAAGACUUGGAGCAUUUGCUUAUGCUGGAGCCCAAUUCGGCACCGUAAUUUCCUUUCCAAUUUCCGGCGUAUUAGCAGCUUCAUCGCUUGCCUGGCCAUCCAUAUUCUUUGUAUUUGGUGGUAUAGCCUUAAUUUGGAGCAUCUUUUUCUUUAUUUUUGGUUCUGACAGUCCUGCUCAAGAUUUACGAAUAUCAGAGGAGGAAAGAGAAUACAUAGAAAAUAGUAUAAGAAGUGACGAGGGAAAGAAAAUGUUACAGGACACAGGGAAAAAGAAAACACCAUGGAAAGCUAUUUUCACUUCGGUACCGAUGUGGGCUCUCAUAAUUGUACAUUGUGGACAAAAUUGGGGAUACUGGACUCUAGUUAAUGAAUUACCGAAUUACAUGGACAAGGUGUUGAAAUUCAAUUAUGAACAGGUAACGAAUUUAUUAUUAUACAGUAAUGCCUUGAAAAUUGACCGUGAUUGUGCCUUGAAAAUUGACCGUGAUUGUGCCUUGAAAGUUAACCGUCGCUAUUACUACCAAUGGUUAAUAACGUGAUAAGCAGAUCAAGCCCAUCCAUCCAGUGUUGUCAAUCCAUCCUUUCACUUUUAUCAAUGAGAGGAAUAUUGUGCCCGCAGGGCAACUACUUAUUGGUACCUGUGAAUACACGUGGUUUGCACUGUUACGUGCUGCGCGCGCGCGUGUAUUUGGAACGUUACGAGGUGUAAGUGUAACAUGUAUGUAUUGUAUGAGUGUAAAAGUGUGUAAUGUGGUAGUGUGGUAGUCGAGUAAUGUGACUGCCGGUGUCAUGUAGGCAGAUCGUUUUAUCAAACAUGCCUCUUUUAAGAAAUAAACCUUUAACAUCUGGAAAGGAAACUCUCAGGUAAACAGGCCGCUUGCUCUUGAAAUAAACAGAAGGCCCAGGGAUAACAAAACCAAAUGUUUUGGGAAAGCAGUAGGUCCACCGUAAUUACACAACAACUGCAACCACUCCAAACUGUCACAGAAACAGAUGGGCCCAGCCCGAUCAUCUAAAUAGUAAUCAGAUCGCCCCUUUCUAAUUAGUAUAUAAACCUGUUCGUACCAACAUUCUGGGGCAGUACCGAAGUUCAUCUAGUGUUGAGCACAUCGUGUGCGAUCGUGAACUGGUUGCUGUUUAGUGAGAUCGGGUUGAAGUCCCCUUCGAGCAAAGUUAACCUUAUAGAAUCUUAUUUAACCUUAUAAAAUGAGUACCGUCUGUGUUUUUAUUUGGCAUUCUUAACAACCACACACGACACCCCGCAUUGCCAGUACGUCAAAACCGAGCACCCAGCGGAAAGAGGUAAUAUACAAUAUACACACCUAUAACGCGACAAGAACAACUGUAAUAGCCUGAUAUGUAAAAUAUGUACAUUACUGUGUCAAACCCACAUUAGCAUUCUUCUUCAAACCCAGUGAAACUAGUGACAGUUCCCACAACAAUACAAUCUAACCGUUCGGAUUGUAUUGACAAUAAUAAAAUAUAAGUUACGCGACCUCUCAUCCGAAAGCCUCACGCGCUGCCUAGCGAUCGGCUACGUAACACCGGUAAACGUAACGCGCGUAUGACACCUUAAAGCCAGAAAAUUUACCCUAACAAUUUCUAUUGCUAUUGGGUCUAAAAAUAUUGUGGGUUCGGAGGUACGCUAGUCCCAUACGGGUCCUUUUAUCAGAUCGCUAAUAUUACAGAAAUAAUAAAGGAGGCUAAUACAAAGGUUAUGUUAAAAAAAAUGAAAAUUGGUUAGAAUAAAUGAAAAAUAGUAUAUUAUAAAGAUAAUAAAUGAAAUGUGGUAUACAAUAAUAAAUUUUGAACAAAAUAUGAAUACAAAUUUAGUUUGUGUACAAUAAUGAUUGAGACACAAUUAAUGGUUACAGAAGAAAACGAUUAUUGGAAAGAUGAAAUUUAGAAAUUUCCAGUUAGGGCAAUCCUACAGUCAAAUACUGACUACUGGAAAUUCCUUGCCAAAAUAUUCAUAAAAAUAUAACUGGAAGAGUAAAGGAAAAUAACUCGCCAAAAAUAUAUGUAUUGUGACCCGUUAUAACGUGGGUGCACUCUAUACAAACUCACAAUACAAAUCGUUGGGCGCCAGCCACUCACUGUGGCGAUUGAAGUCAAAAGGGAACAAAGGGAAAAUCGGGGACUAUACAGGGGAUGGAUUUCGCGGCUCUUCCGGGAUGGCCG